UUUUGGAAUUGCCAAAGUGUUCCAUUCGCUGAUACCGGUGAUUAUUGGAUUAGAGAACUAGACCAUAGAUUGAAUCGAAUCGGACGGUUAAAGAAGUUGGUGAUAGAAUAAAGAGGGUGAAAAUCAGUGAUUAAAAGAAGUGAUCUACGUUUUACAGUGUAGAUUUUGAAUCUUAAAUUGCUCUGCCCCGCGUUUGACAUCUGAUAACGAAUGCUUGAGGAGGCACUAUGAACGGAGCAGCGACAGUCACGGCGACUGAAGAUCAUCAGCAUCAGCAAACACAGAAUGAAACGACUUCGGAACAUCCACGGAGUCCCGCCAGUCCACUGAGUGCUAGACAUGAUUCCGGCGAGAGCAGCGUCAUUUCUCCGGGUUUGCCGGAACGUUACAGUCCGUUGGGAGCGACGGGGUCUACGUCAAGCCACGAUCCUUAUGCUUCCCGAUCGGUUCAAGAAUGUCCGGUACCCCUCUGCAGAGGAAUGCCGACGGACUUUCCUCUAGCCCGGUCACCGUAUUUAACUGCACUUGGGAACGGUCAUCCACAUUUGUUGGGUCAGGUACAGCAUCAGCAGCAGCAACAACAGCAACAACAGCAGCCACAGCAACCACAGCAUGGUAGCAAACCACCACGUAGUCUCGGCCUCAUAUGCGUGGUCUGCGGCGACACUAGUUCCGGCAAACAUUAUGGAAUACUUGCCUGCAACGGCUGCAGUGGUUUUUUCAAGAGGAGUGUUAGACGAAAGCUAAUAUACAGAUGUCAAGCUGGUACCGGAAGAUGUGUUGUGGACAAAGCUCAUCGAAAUCAAUGUCAGGCUUGUCGUCUGAAGAAAUGUAUGCAAAUGGGAAUGAAUAAGGAUGCUGUUCAGAAUGAACGUCAACCAAGGAAUACUGCCACCAUCAGACCGGAAGCUCUCGUAGAAAUGGAUCAAGAACGAGCUUUACGCGAAGCUGCCGUCGCCGUAGGUGUUUUUGGACCGCCCGUAUCCUUGGCCAUGGCGAGAUAUACUACGCCACUACCUCUGCCUACAGUCGCACCGACGACAAAUUCCGCAAACAACGCAACACCACCUCGGCAAGAAAACGAGGACGGAAACGCUUCCGAGGACAGUAUAGAUGUAACAAACGAGGAGCCGUUGACGCCUCAACGAAGCGGAUGCACUCAACUUCCACCGGUGCUGCCAUCCUUAUAUUCACCAGCGAGUGCUGAAACGGUUUACGAGACCAGCGCGAGAUUGCUCUUUAUGGCAGUCAAAUGGGCGAAAAAUCUUCCCUCCUUCGCUGGUCUGCCAUUCAGAGAUCAGGUAAUAUUACUGGAAGAAGUUUGGUCGGAACUGUUCCUAUUAAAUGCGGUUCAAUGGUGUCUGCCGCUUGAAUCUUCGCCUCUCUUUAGCGCCGCUGAGCUUACUGCUCUGACCCUCUCGCCUCACCCGCAUCCGCAUUCAGGGUUACAUCUGCAAACCACUACGGGGAAGCCCAGCCAAGUGGCGGCGGAUGUUAGACACUUACACGACACCCUGCAGAGAUACAAAGCGGUCAUGGUCGAUCCUGCGGAAUUCGCUUGUAUGAAGGCCAUCGUUCUCUUUCGCCCAGAAACUCGCGGUUUAAAGGAUUCGAGCCAGAUUGAGAAUUUGCAGGAUCAGGCGCAGCUAAUGCUCGGACAUCACGCACGUGCUCAACAACCAAAUAGUCCAGCCCGCUUCGGCAGAUUGUUGUUAUUGCUGCCGUUGCUGCGAACAGUUCCAGCUGCAAGAGUGGAAUUGAUCUAUUUUCAUAGAACUAUCGGCAAUACGCCGAUGGAGAAGGUCCUUUGUGAUAUGUAUAAAAACUAAACAUUUUAAAUACCAAAGGACUUUGUUACGAACGUCAUUUAACAAAACGCAAAUACAUGAUCCAAAAACCAAAUAAUUCAGAGCUAGAAGCAGGACGAGAUUUAUGAAAGACAAAAUCUGCAGUCAUCGAAGAAAGACAGUAAAGAUUAACAGAAGCUUUUUUUUAACGAAAGAAUCAAGCAGAACGCGCGAACUUCUUUUCGACACGAUCAGGCCUAAGGACAAAGUCCUAAGUCCCUCUGUGAUGAUCGUGAGAAUUUCGAUUGGCGAA